GCGAUAAUAAUCUCUUGGAAGAUCCAUGUAAGUACUUGUACCUUACAUUUACAGCCCCGUGGGAUUUUUCGCCGGCCCCAAAAAAAUAAAUAAAAAAAUAGCAUGAGUUCCCAAAAUGGGCCAAGCGGCAUGUUACCGUACACACUGCGGGUCUCUCCCAUUCAAACAAAUAAGGCCAAGAGAAAUGACUGCUGCCUUACCUUAGCGCUGCCGCUCUCAGGGUGUGGUGGGUUCUGUUGGAAAAAAAGAAAAAAAGAAAAAAAAAUUAAAAAAGGACCCCUGGAGGCGCGAAUCGGGUACUUUUGGGGGUCUCUUGGGUCUUUCUUUUGGGUCGCGCGGGCAUGUACCCGGCCGCAAUGCUGCUCAAAGGCGCCCGCCAAGAUGAUGAUGUGUGGUGGUAGUGGGCGGGUAGGAGGAAACUGAUGGGCAUGCGUGUUGAUGAACAGCCACCAGCCCUUGUCUCACCCACUCCAGACAAAGCACUGCCCUUUUCUGCUGCACUAACAACUAGUCUUACAUGCUCGCCGUUUACCCCGUGUUUUUCUCUAUCUCUUUGUGUGGCCGCGAGAAAGCCGGUUGAACGUUUUCUUUUCCUUUCUCAUUCACUGUCCUAGCCGAGAUCGAGACUAGACCCGGGCAAACGAAAGUUAUAUGCCAGAAUCAGAAUUAGAACUAGAAUACUAGGUCUAGUCUAGAUUCAUCUCCCAGCAGAUAGGAUAUACAUACAUAUCCAUAUCCAUUGCCGUCGCCUAAUCGCAAACUCGAGCCGCAGCGAGGAUACGACAGAAAGCGCCAUGCGAUUAUACUCAUCGGGCGUCCUACUCCUCGGGGCCAUCGUGCUACAGCAUUCCGAGCUCGCUGUAGCCAACGCUACCAAAUUCGACUUUGAUACUAAGCUCCCUAGACCCCCAAAUGUGACAUCAGCCUGGUUGUUCACGAUCAACGACUUGAAUGCGGUUCCCGAAACUGGUCUGGGAGUCACCUUUAAUCACAAUGCGCCAUUCCGGCUCCACGACGUCAGGUUGUUGCAAGUCCCGGUUGGGCAGCCGGGUAGUCCAUCUCCGGUAGCCUGGUUUCCCAAAGAGACUCAAUGGGGAGAUAUCAAACUCGAUGUCAAAACGAACUCGUCCGAUUCAAUUGAACCGGGAAAGACCGUGCUACCGAACACCACUGUCAAUAUAAAUCUCGUGCCGGCUGCAGCAACUAAGGUGCUCGCCGAACGGCGUACCGACAUGAUCUCGGAGCGGCCUGUUUCAGGUGGCCCCCCGGUCUUUGCGCCUGCCGUAUUAUAUUUUCAGCUCAGAUAUUAUGCGGAUCCUAGAGUCGCCCGUCGACAAGAUGCUUCUUUUGCUGAUAAUGGCCCUCCCACGACCAUAACCACCAGUCACUUUGCCUUGACCAGUAUCGCGAAGGAUGACCCGAGUUUCAAGUUGAUCGUUGACUGGGCGAACAUCAAUGUUGCGCCCAUUGAUGAUCCUUCCAGCUCCGAUGGUGAACCAGGGGACGGCAUCUCAUCACCACCGAAGGCUACAGAUAGUCCGGAGCCCUCGUCGACGGUCCGACCCGCCAGCGGAACCCCAGAGCCCGUGUCAUCCUCUUCGUCAUCAUUAGACGGGAGGCUAUCCACUGCAGCAAUCGCGGGCAUUGCCGUAGGCGCCGGCCUGGGGUUCCUCCUGAUAGCAGGGACUUUUGCCUUUUGCCUCCUCCGCCGGCGGCGCAGGAGUGCCGAGGCCACCCACGUGCGUGGAUACAACGGUGGCGGACGGUCCGGCGAUAUCGUUGCCGAAAAGGAAGCAGCCAACGCUGCCGUGUCCGAGAGCGGUGCUCACUCGCCCUACUCUGACGAUGGCCGGCCCCAUUUCCAGCGAGAUGUCGCGCUUGCCGGGGCAGGCGCUGGAGCCUCGGCCGCAACCGGGACUGCAGGUCUCAUGGCUGCUCACCACCAAGACGAACAAUCAGCAGGAGCCGAUUAUGCCCCAUACAGCGACCGACCGUCUAACGUUUCAAUGGCAGACACCGCCGUCGGGUCCGCGUCCGUCAUCGGCACUGCCUCGUCAACGCCCAUGGCACAGCCAAUAUCUGCGGCACCCGGACCUUCGAGCGCUACGGCCAUGGAAAGUGAGCGUGUGCCGGUCGUGGCACGGUCAGACACCGCCAUGUCUAAUACCUACGCUCAUCUGGUGGAGGAUGGCAUGACAGCGGCCGAGAUCGCCAGGCUAGAGGACGAGGAGAGGCAGCUGGACCAGGCGAUAGAGAGGGCGCGCGGUGUGACAACCAAGUAGUGUGGUUUUUCUGUUGUUUUGUGGCAUGUUAUUAUGGGGUUCGGGCUUUCUGGGGUCGAUCUGGAGUCCCCUGUGGAUUAAUUUUGCUUGCACACCGUCAAAAAUGUUGUGCCGGCGUUGUGGAUCGUUCUUGGCCUUUUCUUCAUGUAUAAAUCUGUUCUUCUUUGGCUAGGGUGUUAUUGUUUGCGUUCGAGUCUUGUAUAUUCGACUGGUGCCUAUGUGCAUGCCCAAUCCGAUUCCAGAAGGCCGCCACCUCAGGGCUUAUCAAAUUGAGUCUCCGUGUAUGGACUCAUUCUGCAUCAUUCCACUUGUUGCGGCAGCCUUUUCUUUUUUUUUUUUUUUGAUCUUAAACGCGGGGCCUAUCUUCAGGAUCAGUAAACACUUUGUUCCGGCCAAGCAGAGUUCUUGUCACCCAAUGGACGCUGCAAGCACGUAUGUGAGACAAGAAAAUCAAAACUUCGGC